AUGUCCAAUCAAAGGCUAAAGGGUAAGGUGGCUUUGAUCACCGGUGCAGCAAGCGGGAUUGGGGAGGCGGCGGCCAAGCUAUUUGCAGAGCACGGGGCUUUUGUGGUUGUUGCUGACGUCAAGGACGAGUUGGGUCAUGAAGUUGUGGCUUCCAUAGGGCAAGAGAGAGCUACGUAUGCACACUGCGACGUCCGAGAAGAGAAGCAAGUGGAGGAAACAGUGGCCAUCACCUUGGACAAGUAUGGCAGACUCGACGUGUUGUUCAGUAAUGCCGGGGUCUUAGGACCUUUAAAUGGGAUCCUAGAUCUUGACAUGGCGGCCUUCGACAACAUCAUUGCCGUCAACGUAAGAGGCGUGGCGGCCACCAUAAAGCACGCAGCACGAGCUAUGGUGGCCAGGAAGAUAAGGGGCUCCAUCAUUUGCACCGCCAGUGUGGCCGCGUCAGUGGGAGGCUCGGGGCCUCACGCCUACACCACGGCUAAGCACGCGGUGCUGGGUCUCGUCCGAUCGACAUGUAGUGAACUUGGAGCGCACGGGAUUAGGGUCAACUGUGUCUCCCCCUUUGGAGUUGCGACGCCUCUUGUCUGUGAUGCUUUCGAUCUGAAGCCUAGCGUAGUGGAAGCUAAUAGUGCAGCCAUAUCCAACUUGAAGGGGAUUGUAUUGAAGGCUGCCCACAUCGCAGAGGCUGCUCUGUUUCUUGCUUCCGAUGAAUCUCUUUUCAUGAGUGGACAUGACUUGGUUGUUGAUGGAGGGUUCACCGUCAUUAGCCGCAGUUAUUACCACAACUAAACUCAA